AUGUGUGAAGUCAGAGGACCUGGUCACGCCGCCGACGAAGAGGCCCCUAUUGCUGGAUUUGAUGACGUGUCGCCCAAGGAGGAAGAGGACGAGAUCAUAUUCUUGUGCAGGCCUGGACUCGCUUUUCCGGAAAGGGGACAUACUUUUAUGGGUUUGAUUUGUGAGGGUAAUAAUGGGGUAUUUCUAGCAAUUGAAAAUCCUCCGUCGGUUGCAUCAAAGCCAGUAGUUGUGGAUAAAGUGAUUGAACUUAAUUCUCAUGUGCUUGCGGUUUGUUACCAAGAGGAGACAACAUGUGAAUCUAUUCUCAGAGACAUGCAAAGUCAGUUCCGGCAACACGAGCUGGAGACAGGGAGGAGAAAUACCGUUGAAGAGGCAUCAAAGUUGGUGGCAGAUGCGCUGUGUGUUGGGAAACACAAGUUCAGGAAGCGAGUGAAGCGGUAUCCGGCGGACCAAGUCCUACUCGUGGGUUGGGAUACAGAACCUGCUGUUCCUGACUUGAUUAUCGUGAAUGGUGUGGGUGAAAGGAUGAGAGCAGCGAAUCAUUCCCGUGGAUCGGGUUUUCCAUAUCUUUUUCCUACCCUGGUUUCUGCUAAGUUGAUGUCCUUUGAUCGAUGA